AAGAAAGGGAGUAGACAGAGGGGCGACACCUGUUACAAGGCAGUUUUUCAGUUCAGUGCCUCCCUGUGGCAAAGUGAAGUUCACAGGUGGGUGGUAGAGCUUUAGGCAACCUGGUGGCAUUGUGACCCGGUGGGCACUAUGACAUGGAUAAGGGGUCAGCCCUUAUGUCACCUCAGGACUCCACUCUGCUGCUCAUCUACCCUAAUCCCUUAUCCAAGGCUCAUAUUCAACUAGUAUGCAUGUUAUGGCUGUAUGAAUGAUUAAAAAAUAGAACUUGAAGACUUCUGUACUGGUUGGCCAAAAGCCCUGCCUGAGCACUUGUGCCCACCCACCCUGCUCCUCUGUGGACACUCCCCUUCCCCUAAAAUCCAGCAAGUAAAGAGUUGGUAUCUGACUCUUCCAAGGCUCUGAUCCAGUGGUGACCUGAUUAGUUGGUUCCCAGUUCAUACCAGUUGAGUAUUUUUAUUAUCAUCCCUACCCUUAAUAACCCAGGAUCCUUGUAGGGUAGGAAUUGCAAACUAAAUGCCUUCAGGGGCCUAGACAGCUUGUGGAAAUUAGUGGAGUGGCAAGGUAGGGCUGUAGCAAAAUAGGAAAGCUCACACCUUAUCUAAAGGAAGUCCACACAACUCAAUUCCAUCCAGUUCCAUGCAAGAAUGCAGACUUGAUGGUGCUGUAUCGUAUGAUUUUUGAACAGAAACUGGAAAGACAGUCUUGUAGUAAAUCUCACCAAUUUUAAAAAAUAUCGACUACUGGGCCAGGCGCGGUGGCUCACGUCUGUAAUCCCAGCACUUUGGGAGGCUGAGGCGGGCGUAUCACAAGGUCAGGAGAUCGAGACCAUCCUGGCUAACACGAUGAAACUCUGUCUGUACUAAAAAUACAAAAAAUCAGCCAGGCGUGGUGGCGGGCACCUGUAUUUCCAGCUACACCGGAGGCUGGGGCAGGAGAAUGGCCUGAACCCAGGAGGCGGAGCUUGCAAUGAGCUGAGAUCGUGCCACUGCACUCCAGCCUGGGCGACACAGCGAGACUCCGACUCAAAAAUAAAAAAAAUUAAAAAUCGACUACUAAAAAAAUUGUUGAUAAACAACAUUGUAAGCAAAAUUUGAUUCUGGGACUGCCAAUUUGAGACCUCUGCAUAUUUAUCCAUUCAACAAAUAUUUAUUGAGGGUCUACUAUGAGCCAGGCACUAUUCUAGGUGCUUGAGAUACAUCAGUGAACAAAACAAAUCCCUACCCUAUGGAACAUAUCUUCUAAAAGUGAGAGGACAAACCUAGAAAAUAAACAUAGUAAAUUAUUUAGUAUGUUAGAAGGUAACUGCUAUGGGGUGGGGGGAAUAGAGCAAGAUAAAGGAAGAUAAGGAAUGUGAAGGGGAUGGGUCAGGGUUACAGUAAGAAAUAGGGUGAUCUCUCACUGAAAAAACUGACAUUUAAUUAAACACUUGGACGAUGUGAGGUUGUUAACCAAGCCAGCAUCUGAGGAUAAGAGCAUCCAACGCAAAAGCAGCCAGUGCAAAACCCCUGAGCAGGAAACUUGCCUGGUGUUUUCAAGAAACAAGGAGGCCACUGUGGGUGGAGCAGUGUAAAUUAUAGAGUAGCUAAUGGGGUCAGCGUAUGUAUGGCCUUGUAGACCAUCCGAUGGCCUUUUUCUUUUACCUUGAGUAAAGGAGGAAGUCAUUACAAAUUUUUGGGUGGAAGAACGACAUGAUCUGACUUAUGCUUUAAAAAGAUCAUUCUGGCUGCUAUAAAUAAGCUACAGAGAAUUAUAAACUGUAGAGAAUUAAGGGAGAUCUUUUAGGGGACUAUUGCAGUAAUCCAGAAGAAAGUAGUGUCUUAUUCCAAGGUAGAGCAUUGGAGGUGGUGACAAGUGGUUGGAUUCUGGAAAUACAAGUGCUCCUUGACUUAAAAUAGGGUUAUGUUCUGAUAAACCCAUCGUAUGUUGAAACUAUCAUAAGUUGAAAAUGCAUAUAAUACACCUACCAAACACCAUAGCUUAGCCUAGUCUAUCUUAAACAUGCUCAGACAACUUAGCCGACAGUUGGGUAAAAUCAUCUAACACAAAGCCUAUUUUACAAUAAAGUGUUGCAUAUUUCAUGUAAUUUAUUGAUGUCCUACUGAGUGCACAUCACUUUCACACCAUCACAAACUCAAAAAUUGUAAAUCCAAGUCAGGGACUAUGUGUAAUUUAAAGGUCGAACCCACAGGAUUUCCUGAUGGAGUAUGAGAGAAAAGAGUUAGAAUGGAAAGAAUGGAGUUUCUGUCAACUGAGAGGAAAAAGGCUGCAGAUGGGGCAGUUUUGGGGGUGAGGGGGGAAUAAAUUAGUUUGGGACAGUUAACUUUGAGGUGUCCUUUGGAUACAUAAGCGGAAAAUGACGAAUAAACAGUUGAAUAUUUGAGACGAGUUUGGGAGAUGUCUAGGAUGGAACUAGAAAUUUGGGAGUCAUUGGCAUAUAAAUGGUAUUGUAAGCCACGAGACUGGAUGAGAUCAACAGUCAGUGUAUACUGAGAAGAGUAAAGAUUUAAAAACAGAGUCCCGGGGGCAUUCUAAGAAGCGGGGAGAAAAGGAGAAAUCAGCAAACUAGACUGAAGAAGACCGGUGUCCAGGAGGCCAAGUAGUGUAUUUACGAGGAAGGAGGACUGGUCAGUAUGUUUAAAGGCCAGUCUUUCCAUAAUCUCUGCCAAACGGACCUUCUUUCAUCCAGUUUUUAUGGUCUUCUGUCCAGUACUGAGACCCUCCCCAGAGGGAACUGUCGCGGCCCUGCCAUAGUUGCUUUUUUUCUAUGGUUUACAUAGCUUGUGAUUUAGAAUUCUCCUUUAUUAACUUAAAUACUGCAGUAUAAUGAUUAAGGGUUAGGCUCCUCCUGGAGCUGGCAGUUUUCCAAGGGAUCCCAUCCUUUACCACUUUUAGGUAGAUCUGAAGUAAGGAAAAGUGAGAGCAUCAUUCAUUCUCCCGUCAGUAUCCGGUCAUCACAGAACGUCAGAAUUAAAAGUUACCCCAGCAACUAGAGCUAAAGCAAAGCCCACACUUUCAAGAGGAAGAGCGUCUUUUCCGGCGUCAGUCCACCUAACACUCAUUCCAUUAUCACAGUAAUUCUAGGCGUCCGUCCCCUCUGCCAAAAAGUAAAAAUAGGCAAGCCGCAGUGCCAUCUGUCCCCCGGCCCGCUCCCUAUCCCCUCCCUCAGCCCAGACCAAAGCCGCGCCGGCGCGCCGCAGGCAGCCCUGACGGGGGCCUUUCCUGCCGCCCGACGCCGGGGUCCUCCCUCAGGUCUCAUUCUGUGCCUGCGAACAUGGCGGCGCCCGUUGUCACGGCCCCAGGCAGAGCUCUGCUGCGGGCGGGCGCUGGGCGGCUGCUGCGGGGAGGCGUCCAGGAGCUACUGCGGCCGCGACAUGAAGGGAACUCCCCUGACCUGGCCUGUAACUUCAGCCUCUCUCAAAAUCGGGGCACGGUCAUCGUGGAGCGCUGGUGGAAGGUACCGCUGGCCGGGGAGGGCCGGAAGCCGCGCCUGCACCGGCGACAUCGCGUCUAUAAGCUGGUGGAGGACACGAAGCAUCGGCCCAAAGAAAACCUGGAGCUCAUCCUGACGCAGUCGGUGGAGAAUGUUGGAGUCCGGGGUGACCUGGUCUCAGUGAAGAAAUCUUUGGGCCGGAAUCGACUCCUUCCUCAGGGACUGGCUGUAUAUGCAUCCCCUGAAAACAGGAAGCUGUUUGAAGAGGAGAAAUUGCUGAGACAAGAAGGAAAAUUAGAGAAGAUCCAGACCAAGGCAGGUGAGGCGACAGUGAAAUUUCUAAAAAGCUGUCGCCUGGAGGUAGGGAUGAAGAACAAUGUCAAAUGGGAGCUGAACCCUGAAAUAGUUGCCCGCCACUUCUUCAAGAAUCUUGGUGUUGUGGUUGCCCCACAUACAUUAAAGUUACCAGAAGAGCCUAUCACACGGUGGGGCGAGUAUUGGUGUGAGGUGACGGUAAAUGGGCUUGAUACUGUGAGAGUGCCUAUGUCUGUCGUGAACUUUGAGAAGCCCAAGACCAAAAGAUAUAAAUACUGGUUAGCCCAGCAAGCUGCCAAGGCUAUGGCCCCCACCAGCCCCCAGAUCUAAAUCUACUCUCCCUCCAAGGCAGCAAAGCAGAAUCAGGAGCAGUGGAGCAGAAAUGAGCAAGCACACUGAUCUCACUCCCAGCUCUGACCAAAUACAAAAUUUUAGAGAACAUCUGAAGACAUCAGACUGCACUGCAUAUACAUGUUGAAUUCUUCAUUUUUGCCAUCUUUAUCUUUAACUGUCAUCAGUGGGGCAGGGCAGUCUUGUUCCAGAAGUACCAGGCCGUAGAUUUGAUAAGCUAGAUGCAAUAGACCGAAACCAUCCAAAACCUGUUUAGCUUCUUCCUCCAUUGGAGUUUAUUGGGACAAACAGAAGAGCCAGCCAUUGUCUCCAGUACUUGCCUCAUUCUCAUCAUCCAAACUGAACAUUUGUAUCCCAAGCAGAAAUAAAGAGAUUAUGUUCUUUUUAA